AUAUAUGUAUAUAUAUAUCUUGCAUAAACCCAAUGUUGUUCACCGACAAACUAGAGCAAUGGCUUCUGCAGUUGCUAAGGAACCCUCAAAAGUUGCAGUAGAUGUUGAAGACGAUGAAGAAGAGCUCUUCGAAAUUGAUAUCGAGGCAGUCAACAGCAUCCCUCCACCUCAUUACUGGGAAAGCUACUUCACAGCAGCAGGAAGCAGUGCACUUCUUGCUAAUUGUUUGUUGCCAAUCGCAGAUGUUUCAAGUGCAGUUCCAACUCCAUCUACUGUAUGCAAUGCUUUGUCUUUGGCAGAACAGCUCAUGUUUUUCAGGUCGCAGACUCCUCAUCAGUCUUUCCAAGAGCUUCUGCUUGGAAGCAAUAUUACCACAUAGAAUUAAAGAAUAAAAAUGAUGGCAGUUCAUGCCAUCACAGGUGUAUGAAAAACUUGCUAAAUUUAUAUAGAAUUUGUCCAAUUUAGUUACGAAAAAAAAGCAUAAUCUAAAUGACUAUAGCCCUUUUCCAGAUUAUGAAUUUUAAUAGUCACGACCUGGAUUAUAUAUACA